UAGACUCCUCAAAACUAAUUUAAAGAAAAUUCACCCUGUCUUUGGAGUCCCCCAACCGUGAGGGAAAUGAUGGUCCGAAACCUGGAACGUGGAACUAGGAGUAUUCGAAGACCAGCCCCUUUCCCUGUGCCUUACAACCGUCUUGGGCUGUUGCUGUUUUUAUUACCCCCAUUUUACUACAGGGUAGGAAAUCUGAGGCCCAGUGAGUGAAGGGACUUGCUGGACGUCACUGAGCGGAGGAAAUGGUGAAACCCGGAUUAGAACCCAUGCUUUCUAACUCCCAGCCUGGAUUGCCAGCCGUUUUGGGAAUGCCUGAGUGGUUCGCUAUUGCAGGGGCACUACCACGGCCCAGCUAGGAACACGGUAUCUCGGGCUGGCACUUCUAAGACCGCCUCCCAGCCGACUGCAACGUGGGCGAAACCUCAUGGAGAAAAACUUAGCGACUGAAGAGCGCAAUUGGGAAGGUGGGCUGGAGCUUACGUCUUGCCCCACGCCCCCCAGCGUUGCGGCCCGAGGCUCCUGUGCGUGCUGUGACUGGUCGGCCUUUCCAGCUAGCGUCGCGAUUGGUCCCGUUGCGGCCGUUGAGAUUUGAACUCCGUAUUUGUGGCUUCGCCCGCGCUGCGUCCGGCUGAGAGGCGGGACUUUGCCUCCGUCUGCCAGGGAUUGGUCAGUUUCUCCAUCAACUUGAAAACUACCUCGCUGAUUGGUGCAUAUUGUGCACUCGUGUUUUUCUCUUCCAUUUCACCUCUACUCCCAGAAACCGAGCAGUGGCUGGUGAGGUCCCCAGCCCUCUGAGCCACUGGAAGAAGUAUGUCUCCCCAACUUUAUGAGUUCCAUCUGCCCUUAUCCCCAGAGGAGUUGCUGAAAAGUGGAGGGGUGAAUCAGUAUGUUGUGCAAGAGGUACUGUCCAUCAGACAUCUUCCUGCACAACUUAGAGCAUUUCAGAAUGCCUUCCGAGCUCAGGGACCGCUGGCUAUGCUAGAGCACUUUGAUACUAUCUACAGCAUUUUACAUCACUUUCGAAGUAUAGAUCCUGGCCUCAAAGAAGAUACUUUGGAAUUCCUGAUAAAAGUGGUAUCCCGCCACUCCCAGGAACUUCCAGCCAUCCUAGAUGAUACAACCUUGAGUUUAUCAGAUAGGAACGCCCAUCUAAAUGCCCUCAAAAUGAACUGUUAUGCUCUGAUACGCCUCUUGGAAUCCUUUGAGACCAUGACUAGCCAGACAAGCCUCACAGACCUGGACCUUGGUGGGAAGGGUAAGAAAGCCCGGACCAAGGCAGCCCAUGGCUCUGACUGGGAGGAAGAGAGACAACCAAUUCUUCAGCUUCUAACACAGUUACUCCAGUUGGACAUUCGCCACCUGUGGAACCACUCAGUAAUUGAAGAGGAAUUUGUCAGUUUGGUAACUGGCUGUUGCUACCGCCUUCUGGAGAAUCCCACCAUUGGUCACCAGAAGAACCGCCCUAUCCGGGAAGCCAUAACACACCUACUUGGUGUGGCCUUGACGCGUUAUAACCAUAUGCUCAGUGCCACUGUGAAGAUUAUCCAGAUGCUGCAGCACUUUGAACACCUGGCACCUGUACUAGUGGCAGCUGUGAGUCUGUGGGCAACUGAUUAUGGAAUGAAGAGCAUAGUGGGAGAGAUUGUAAGAGAGAUUGGACAGAAGUGUCCCCAGGACCUGAGUCGGGACCCUUCUGGGGCAAAAGGCUUUGCUGCCUUCCUGACAGAACUAGCAGAACGUGUCCCAACUAUCCUGAUGUCCAGUAUGUGCAUUUUGCUAGAUCAUCUGGAUGGAGAGAAUUACAUGAUGCGCAAUGCUGUGCUAACAGCCAUGGCAGAGAUGGUGCUGCAGGUUCUGAAUGGUGAUCAACUGGAGGAAGCAGCCCGAGACACGAGAGACCAGUUCCUGGAUACCUUACAAGCCCAUGGCCAUGAUGUCAACUCCUUUGUGCGAAGCCGUGUUUUGCAGCUCUUCACCCGAAUUGUCCAGCAGAAGGCUCUCCCCCUGACGCGUUUCCAGGCAGUGGUGGCUUUAGCAGUGGGACGCCUGGCAGACAAGUCAGUGUUAGUAUGUAAAAAUGCCAUCCAGCUGCUGGCCAGUUUUCUAGCCAAUAAUCCUUUUUCCUGCAAGCUUAGUGAUACUGACCUUGCUGGACCACUGCAGAAGGAGACCCAGAAACUACAAGAGAUGCGGGCGCACAGGAGGCAAACUGCAGCUGCAUCUGCAGUGCUGGACCCAGAAGAGGAGUGGGAAGCCAUGCUGCCGGAGUUAAAGUCUACCCUGCAGCAGCUUCUAAAGCUUCCCCAGGAAGAAGAGGAAAUUAAUGAGCAAAUUACCAAUACAGAGAAUCCUGAAGAGGUGAAAGGACGCAUCCACCAACUGCUUGCCAAAGCUAGUUACAAGCAGGCCAUUAUUCUCACUCGAGAAGCCAUAGGCCACUUCCAGGAGUCUGAACCCUUCAGUCAUAUAGACCCAGAGGAGUCAGAAGAGACCAAGUUCCUGAAUCUGUUAGGAAUUAUUUUCAAAGGCCAACCAGAUUCCACCCAGGAGAAGACCAGGUCUGCAGAGAACAUGGUCUCAGGACAAACUGUCUGUAAAGACAAGUCCAAUAUGUCAGAACCUGAGAAAUCCAGAGAAAACGAUGAACUGGUGAAGCAAGAGAUGUUGGUGCAGUAUCUCCAGGACGCCUACAACUUCUCUCAGAAGAUUACCAUGGCCAUUGGCAUCAUCAGCAAGAUGAUGUAUGAAAACACAACUACAGUGGUACAGGAAGUGAUUGAAUUCUUUGUGAUGGUGUUCCAAUUUGGGGUACCCCAGGCCCUAUUUGGGGUAAGACGAAUGCUGCCUCUCAUCUGGUCUAAGGAGCCUGGUGUCCGGGAAGCUGUGCUUAACGCCUAUCGCCAACUCUACCUCAACCCCCAAGGGGACUCUGCCAGAGCCAAGACCCAGGCUUUGAUUCAGAAUCUCUCUUUGCUGCUUUUGGAUGCCUCAGCUGGGACCAUUCAAUGUCUUGAGGAAAUUAUCUGUGAGUUUGUGCACAAGGGUGAACUGAAACCAGCGGUAACCCAACUGUUAUGGGAACGGGCCACCGAAAAGGUCCCCUGCUCUCCCCUGGAGCGCUGUUCCUCUGUCAUGCUUCUUGGCAUGAUGGCUCGAGGAAAACCAGAAAUUGUGGGAAGCAACUUGGACACACUGGUGAGCAUAGGGUUGGAUGAGAAAUUUCCACAGGACUAUAGGCUGGCCCAGCAGGUGUGCCUUGCCAUUGCCAGCAUCUCUGACAGGAGAAAGCCUUCUCUGGACAAAUGUCACCUUCCCUUCCGGUUGCCUCAGGAACACAGGUUGUUUGAGCGACUACGGGAGACAGUCACAAAAGGCUUUAUCCACCCUGACCCACUCUGGAUCCCAUUCAAAGAAGUGGCAGUGACCCUCAUAUACCAACUGGCAGAGGGCCCUGAGGUACUCUGUGCCCAGAUAUUGCAUAGCUGUGCAAAGCAGGCCCUGGAGAAGCUGGGGCAGAAGAGCACAACCCAAGAGGACCCAAAGGAGACCCCUGCUAUGCUCCCCACUUUCCUGCUCAUGAACUUGCUGUCCCUGGCUGGGGAUGUGGCUCUGCAGCAGCUGGUACAUUUGGAACAGGCAGUGAGUGGAGAGCUCUGUCGGCGCCGAGUUCUUCGGGAAGAACAGGAACACAAGACUAAAGAUCCAAAGAAGAAUAUAAGUUCUGAGACCACCAUGGAGGAGGAGAUGGGACUAGUUGGGGUGACUGCUGAUGACACGGAGGCAGAACUGAUGCGUGGUAUCUGCGAGAUGGAACUAUUGGAUGGCAAACAGACACUUGCUGCCUUUGUUCCACUUUUGCUUAAAGUCUGUAACAAUCCCGGCCUCUAUAGCAACCCAGACCUCUCUGCAGCUGCUUCACUUGCUCUCAGCAAGUUCUGCAUGAUCAGUCCUCUCCUUGCCUCUAGUGCCACCUUCUGUGACUCGCAGCUUCGUCUUCUGUUCACCAUGCUAGAAAAGUCUUCACUCCCCACUGUCCGGUCUAACCUCAUGGUCGCCACUGGGGAUCUGGCCAUCCGCUUCCCAAACCUGGUGGACCCGUGGACACCUCAUCUAUAUGCUCGCCUCCGGGACCCAGCUCCACAAGUGCGGAAAACAGCAGGGCUGGUGAUGACCCACCUCAUCCUUAAGGACUUGGUGAAAGUAAAGGGGCAAGUGAGCGAGAUGGCAGUGCUGCUCAUUGACCCUGAGCCUCAGAUUGCUGCCCUGGCCAAGAACUUCUUCAAUGAGCUUUCCCACAAGGGCAACACAAUCUAUAAUCUCCUUCCAGAUAUCAUUAGCCGCCUGUCAGACCCUGAGGGGGGAGUGGAGGAAGAGCCUUUCCACACCAUCAUGAGGCAGCUCCUGUCCUAUAUCACCAAGGACAAGCAGACAGAGAGCUUGGUGGAAAAGCUGUGUCAGCGGUUCCGCACAGCCCGAACUGAGCGGCAGCACCGGGACCUGGCCUACUGUGUGUCACAGCUGCCCCUUACAGAGCGAGGCCUCCGUAAAAUGCUUGACAGUUUUGACUGCUUUGGAGAUAAACUGUCAGAUGAAUCCAUCUUCAAUGCCUUUUUGUCAGUUGCCAGCAAGCUGCGGCGUGGGGCCAAGCCUGAGGGCAAGGCUAUAAUAGAUGAGUUUGAGCAGAAGCUUCGGGCUUGUCACACCAGAGGGUUGGAUGGAAUAGAGGAGCUUGAGAAUGGCCAAGGACUUAGCCAGAGAGCUCCAUCAGCCAGGAAACAACCCACUGUCUCUAGGCACCAGCCUCUUGCUUCUGCAGCUUCAGACAGUGACUUUGUCACACCUGAGCCCCGCCGUACUAUCCGUCGGCAUCCAAACACCCAGCAGCGAGUUGCUAAAAAGAAAACCAAAGUUGUCUUCUCAAGUGAUGAGUCCAGUGAGGAAGAGCUCUCAGCAAAGAUGACUGAAGAUGAGACACCAAAGAAAAUGACCCCCAUUCGCAGGGCAUCCACUCGAAGGCACAGAUCCUAGCAAGUCUUCUUGCCAUUUGCCAUCUCUCCUAUGCAGCGUAUCAUGUGGGAUGACCUUGAAUUCCAAUUCCAAACCCUCUGUAAUAUACUUGUUUGCCUAUCUCCUAUGUAUUUUUUAAAACACAUGAUCUUUAAAAUGCAAGGCAUUUCUCUUAAACUAGCCUAACUGAACUUCAUUAGCUGUUUUCACUUUGGAAUGUUUGUCAGUCUCCAUGUUUUCUAAUAAUAAAUGUUUUUAUAGAUUUUUGGACAUUUUUUCCUAAG